AUGUCCAAGAUCUUCAGCCCGAUCAGCGUCGCUUGGGGUUACUACACGAUAUUCUGGAUCUUCACCUUCACCUUAGGAUGCAUCACAGGAUGCAGGUGCCCGAGACCAAAAGAAAAAGCUUUGAGGAGAUCCAGCUUUCAUGCUCAUUCGGUGAUCUUCGCCAUGGGUUUCCAAAUCAAAAACACCAGGUACAUGCAGUACGUCGCUGCAUUGGCAGCGACUAUAUCCAUAUCCGCUGGAUCCAUGUACAUUUCGUGGUCAUCACCAGCAGAUAAAAGUCUUCAACCUGGAGAAUCAUCAUUGGAAGACCCUAUUGUUGGCGAAGAAUUAUCUUGGUUGAAAUCGAUAUAUUUACUCGCCGGAUUGCCUAUAUCACCUUUGGUGGCUUACCUUUUGGAUAAGAUUGGACGCAAAUGGACCUUAAUGCUAGGUGGAUUUUUUCUCUUUUUCCCUUGGUUCAUCAUCAUCUUCGCCACGAAAUCCUGGAUGGUCUUUCUAGGACGGUUCCUCGGAGGAUGCGGCUACGGAUUUGUAGUGAACGGAUGUUCGAUUUACAAUGGAGAAAUAGCAGACAGCGAUAUCCGCGGUAAAUUGGGAACCAGUUUUAAUUUGAUGAAACUCGUUGGUAACAUGCUGGUACUCGGUGCUGGACCCUUCAUAUCCUACCAAGCGUUGGGUGCCAUUUGCGCUGUUGUUCCAGUCAUAUUCAUGGUUGUAUUCUACUUCAUGCCUGAAUCUCCCUUUUAUCUUGUGCGUUGCGGGAAAAUGGAAGAGGCCAAAUCCGUCCUCUGCAGAUUAUCACCGCAGAAUAUGGAAGAUGCCGAAAUCGAGAAGAAGCUGCUGAAGAUCAGCGACAUCGUUAAAUCCGACAUGGAAAACAAAAUGAGCUUCAAGGAAUUUAUCACGAAGAAGGAGUACAGGAAGAUCAUUUUCAUCAUAUUCGGCGUGAAGACGUUGCAGCAGAUGGCCGGAAACGCCGCAAUCGAGGGUUACAUGCAACACAUUAUCGAAAGUACUGGGAGCAGCAUUUCAUCGGAAAUGUCUAGUAUCAUCUUCGGAGCCGUCCAAUUCCCAGCAACAAUUUUGUCAUCACUUGUGGUCGAUAAAAUGGGAAGGAAACCUAUGCUUCUCAUUUCCGCUUUGAUUUGCGCUCUUGCCCUUAUUGGUGAGGGUGUCUACUUUUUCCUACAAAACUACCUCAUGGAGGAUGUCACAGCGCUAUCCUGGCUCCCAACAACGGGUAUAGUACUGUUCUUGGUUUCUAGUACCUUUGGAGUCUUAAAUCUACCUUACGUACUGCUCGGUGAGCUUUUCCCAACUAACAUCAAGGGAAUUGCCGUUACAACCGCCACUUUCUAUGGUUUUCUACUUGCUUUUAUUGUCACGAAGAUCUUCGAGCCGAUCAAACAGGCUUGGGGUUUCUAUACCAUCUUCUGGAUCUUCGCAGGAUUCUGCAUAGCCGGCGCUCUCUUUGUUCUCUUCUUCUUGCCAGAGACGAAAGGCAAGAAUUUCGAUGAGAUCCAAGCCAAGAUCAACUAUGGAAAACAUUGGAGGGAUCAUAUGACUUCCAAAAAUGAAACAGAAACGAAAAAGGAUAAUGAAACCAAUACAAAACAGGAGGAAAAAUACUGA